UUAAAAUCUUGAAGGAACUUCAGCAUGAAAAUAUUGUAGCACUCUAUGAUGUUCAGGAAUUACCCAACUCUGUGUUUCUGGUGAUGGAGUACUGCAAUGGUGGAGACCUGGCAGAUUAUUUGCAAGCAAAGGGAACUCUCAGCGAAGACACUAUUAGAGUGUUUCUGCACCAGAUCGCAGCUGCCAUGCGAAUUCUGCACAGCAAAGGGAUAAUCCACAGGGACCUCAAACCACAGAACAUCUUGCUGUCAUAUGCCAAUCGCAGAAAGUCCAACGUCAGUGGUAUUCGCAUCAAAAUAGCGGAUUUUGGGUUUGCUCGUUACCUGCAUAGUAACAUGAUGGCUGCAACACUGUGUGGGUCCCCGAUGUACAUGGCCCCUGAGGUUAUUAUGUCUCAACACUAUGAUGCGAAGGCAGACCUGUGGAGCAUAGGAACGGUGAUAUAUCAAUGCCUAGUUGGAAAACCACCUUUUCAGGCCAAUAGUCCUCAAGACUUAAGGAUGUUUUAUGAAAAAAACAGGAGCUUAAUGCCUAGUAUUCCCAGAGAAACAUCACCUUAUUUGGCUAAUCUCCUCUUGGGUUUGCUUCAGAGAAACCAAAAAGACAGAAUGGACUUUGAAGCAUUUUUCAACCAUCCUUUUCUUGAGCAAGUUCCAGUGAAAAAAUCCUGCCCGGUCCCGGUGCCCACGUACGCCGGCUCUGUCUCUAGAAGCUCCUGUGGCAGCUCCCCGCCCUGUCGUUUUGCCUCUCCACCAUCCCUUCCAGAUAUGCAGCACAUUCAGGAAGAAAACUUGUCUUCCCCACCCUUGGGUCCUCCCAACUACCUGCAAGUGUCCAAAGACUCUGCCAGUACUAGUAGCAAGACCUCUUCUUGCGACACGGAUGACUUUGUUUUGGUGCCACACAGCAUCUCGUCAGACCACUCAUAUGACAUGCCAAUGGGAACUGCUGGCAGACGCGCUUCGAAUGAGUUCUUGGUGUGUGGAGGGCAGUGCCAGCCUACUGUGUCACCUCACAGUGAGACCGCACCAAUUCCGGUUCCUACUCAGAUAAGGAAUUAUCAGCGCAUAGAGCAGAAUCUUACAUCUACUGCUGGCUCUGGCACAAAUCUACAUGGUUCUCCAAGAUCUGCAGUGGUACGAAGAUCUAACACCAGCCCUGUGGGCUUCCUCCGGCUGGGCUCCUGCUCCCCGGCACCCGCAGACACAGUGCCGACAGUUGGACGAAGACUCUCCACUGGGUCUUCCAGGCCUUACUCACCUUCCCCCUUGGUUGGUACCAUUCCUGAGCAAUUUAGUCAGUGCUGCUGUGGGCAUCCUCAGGGUCAUGAAUCCAGGAGUAGAAACUCAUCAGGUUCUCCAGUGCCACAGGCCCAGUCCCCACAGUCUCUCCUGUUGGGCGCUAGACUGCAGAGCGCCCCUACCCUCACCGACAUCUACCAGAACAAGCAGAAGCUCAGAAAGCAGCACUCAGACCCCGUGUGCCCGUCCCACACGGGGGCUGGGUACAGCUACUCACCUCAGCCCAGUCGGCCUGGAGGCCUGGGAACCUCUCCCACCAAGCACAUGGGGUCCUCUCCUCGGAGUUCAGACUGGCUCUUUAAGUCUCCUUUACCAACAAUCAUCGGCUCUCCGACCAAGACCACAGCUCCUUUCAAAAUACCUAAAACGCAAGCGUCUUCCAACCUGCUAGCCUUGGUUACUCGUCAUGGGCCUUCUGAAGGGCAAUCUAAAGACGGGAGCGACCCACGGGAAUGCUCUCACUGUCUCUUAGUGCAAGGAAGUGAGAGGCAGAAGUCUGAGCAGCAGAGCAAGGCCGUGUUUGGCAGGUCUGUUAGUACUGGGAAAUUAUCAGAUCAACAAGUAAAGAUACCUUUAGGUGGACAUCAGGGCAGCACAGACAGUUUAAAUACAGAACGACCAAUGGAUAUAGCGGGCUCCAGUGGCUCCGGAGGCUCCCUGUGCUCCGCCAGCGGCCGCCCAUGCCUGGGCUCCCCGCCCGGGCCCUGCCUGGGGUGCUCCCCUCCGGGAGCGGAGGCGGCUCCCGUUCUCAGACACAUGCCUUACGGUGCUUCACCCCCCAGCCUGGAGGGGCUCCUCACCUUCGAAGCCCCUGAACUGCCAGAGGAGACACUGAUGGAGCGGGAGCACACGGACACCUUGCGCCACCUCAGCGUGAUGCUCAUGUUCGCUGAGUGCGUGCUGGACCUGACCGCUGCGCGGGGCGGGGACCCGGGGCUGUGCGCGUCCGCUGUCUCCCUCUACCAGAUCCAGGAGAGCGUGGUCGUGGACCAGAUCAGCCAGCUGAGCAAAGACUGGGGGCGGGUGGAGCAGCUGGUGUUGUACAUGAAGGCGGCGCAGCUCCUGGCGGCGUCUCUGCAUCUCGCCAAAGCCCAGAUCAAGUCCGGGAAACUGAGCCCGUCCACGGCGGUGAAACAAGUUGUCAAAAAUUUGAAUGAACGAUAUAAGUACUGCAUCACCAUGUGCAAGAAGCUCACGGAAAAGCUGACCCGCUUCUUCUCUGACAAACAGAGAUUUAUUGAUGAAAUCAACAGCGUGACUGCAGAGAAACUCAUCUAUAAUUGUGCUGUAGAGAUGGUUCAGUCUGCAGCCCUGGAUGAGAUGUUCCAGCAGACGGAGGACAUUGUUUAUCGCUAUCACAAGGCAGCCCUUCUUCUGGAAGGCCUCACUAAGAUUCUCCAGGACCCUGCGGAUAUUGAAAACGUACAGAAAUAUAAAACGAGUAUUGAAAGAAGGUUGUCAGCACUCUGCGGCAGCACCGCGACCCUGUGAGCGGCAGCCGGCCCGGCCCUGGACCGGCGGUGGCGCUGAGGAGUGAGGUCCGGGACGGCGGCCCGGGUACUGGUUCCCCAUCCCCGGGAAACUGCAGUUUCUCCCCGGUGACUACCAAAGAGCAAGCAGUGACUUCACAAAAACUGCAUCCUUGUAGGAAAUCUGCCUUAUCGGAGACACCACCCCUCCCCUUUUCUUUGCAGGAGCAGAAGCAAGAGCAUUCCACUUGGCUCCCAGUUCGAGCUUGGUAAAUAAAUGUACCGUAGAAAUAGCAUGAUCAGUGCGGUUAUUCUUACAGAUGGUUAAGAAUGGAACUAAACGAGCGGCUCUCUUCUCCGUUCAUCAGAGCAGGGCGUGAAAUUCCACGUACCCACUGAGGUAUAAAAGUUAAGAAGACAAAAACAAACUACAUCUCAUCCGGGCAGUUUAACAUCUGGGGUAGGUUUGUCUAAGUCUGAGCACGCAUCCUUAAACAGCUCAGGAAGAAAUAGCCUAAGAACAAGCUGAAAGAAGGUUCUUGGAAGAAAUUGUGAAAUCUUCUGUUUGAUCUAAUAUGGACACAUGUUAAUCUUCCAAAAUCUUUCAUAUUGCACUAAUUUAUUAAAACAGCUGUGUAUUGGAUUUUGCAAUUUAAAACUAACUGAGGCACAAUGGACUUGUUUAAAAUAUUUUACUUGAUUAUAUUCUAUACACACGCCCUUUCCAGAAUUCACAUGUCUAGUGGACUUUUCAACGGUAAACACUUCUGUUCAUGUGGACCUUUGCAUUUUUUUAACCUGUUCAUCUGCACAUAACAGAUUUUCUCAGUGGUAUUUUUGAGUUGCUGCUUGUUUGCUUUUGGUCUUUUUUUCUUUUUUUUUAUUGUGCAUGCAGAAUGUGCGUUAUGCCUGUGGUCUCUAGGUUUACUGAAGGCCAGGUUUAUCUGGGCAGUAUUAGAAAAAGUAUCAAUCGGGAGAGUCUCAAGAAUCUCCUAGUAGGGUCAAAACAAAGUUGGCGACCUAAAGGCUUGUUAGUGAUGUAGAGUUUCUACAUGAAGUCAGUGAAAAAUGAGGUUUGUUUUCUCUUAGGAAAAUGGGCAGCUCUCUCCAGCCUACUGUGUAUUUUUCACGUUAAUCCUGACAGUUCACCAAAUAGCUAGUCCUGGAGAAUGCGGGCAGUUAACAUCCCUCUGGAAACUUCCUCCGUUGUGUGUUGUUUGGUUUCUUUUACUCAUCUGCUUGAAUACUUGAAUAAGCCAUUCUCCAAUUUUAAUCCUCUUAUCUCUGUCCUUUAGAUGAUAUCAUCUGAACUCUGACAGAUUGCACAGAAGCUCUUUUGGCAUUAAUCUAAUUUUAGUGUACUGAUAAAGACAAAAACAUGGUUUUUCCUUUACUUUGACGAAGUAAUGUAAUUUUUACCUUAUUUAUCUGUAUGAAAUUCCAGCAGUUAAUUUGAACAUUUAUUUAUAUGAUGUUUGUAUUUUUAGGUCUUUAAUACAGUGUUUCUACCUCUCAUUUGUAACUGCAUGCAUUAUUCUUGAAACUAGCUAAAGCUCACUGAAUUGUGUAAUCGCCUUUUUAUUAUUGCCUGUACAGAUGUAGAGUAAGGUAGAAUAAAACUGACAAAGCGCUUCUAGGACAGCUGGGUCCGUCGUACGUGGCUUGUCAAGCCAGCUCCUUCCUCAGCAAGUUUGGAGGCUUGGUCACUAGUAUCCUUUGUCCUGCCCCAAGAUGUCUGAUGCUCGGUGACUGUCACGAAGGCUGCCACGCACGUAGACUGCGUGAGGAGGACUCCUGCCCCUCCCUGUGAGGGGACGAGCUCUGGUACUAGGGACGCUCUGGUGUGUAUCAUUGUUUCGGGCGUACCUAGCAACGUCAUUCACCUUCUCGGAGUGACCAGCCGCGCUCUCAGCAGAUCCUCCAGGGCCUGGGUUCGCGCCUGCCCCUCUGCCCUUUUUUUCUUUUCUUUAAACACACGAUGAAACAGGUUCUCGGCGAGUAAGUGAUGUGUCUGAAGUCAGGUAGCUAGUGAGGUAGUUAAGCCAUGCUUUGUGACUUCCAACUUUAUUCUUCCUCUUGUAUAAUAAAGGUCCGUCUCAUGGUAGAUGCUGUGUGUGAAACCGUAAAGUCUGAACAGCAAAGAACAAACUGUAAACUCGUGAAUAACGGUUCUGAUUCUCUUUCCAUUUUCAAGGCCAAUUGUUUUCAGAGAUCUUGCCUUGAUUAUAGCAAUAAUAAAUGCUUUAUGUUUCCAUGA